CUCUUCCUUUUCCUCCCCCACCCCACCCCCAAUGGAAAAAGUGUUGACAGCUCUGUCUCCAGCACUGUAAAAGAAUGGAGAGAAAGUACCCAUCUAGAGAGAGCCCCAGAAGGCUUAACCAACUGGGCAAUGUGAUGGACAUGAAGAGAUUGAUGCAUCAGUUCAGCAUGGUAGCAGCUGAAUCUGACAAAGAAUCUGGAUUCUCAGACGGAAGUUCAGGGUGUCUGAGUUCUGUGGAGCUGACCAACUUGGAGAAUAUGUUGAAUGCAUUGUGUUGGAACACAGAGGAUGGGCCCUGGCUGUACUCACUGGCCACAAGCAAUUCCUUCCCAGCAUUUUCUCCUGUGGUCGUAAAGAAAAAUGUACUGGUCAAGCAGGGAAGCAGUUCAUCGCAGCUUCAGUCUUGGACUGUUCAGCCAUCUUUUGAAGUGAUUCCAGCUCAGCCACAGCUAGUGUUUCUUCGUCCAGCCAUCUCCCCUCCCAUUAACUCUCAUCUUGUUGGUGAAAAGACAAGUGAUUCUACUAAUUGCCUUCCCAUCCUGAACUCCUAUGCAAAGACUACAUCACAUCCCUGCAAAAGAGAUAGUGUCUGGGAUCUGGAGGAAAGAAGGAGAACCAGUGGACAGAAAUGGCUUUGCACAGAUAUUAACUACUAUGUCCAAAAGACUAGUUUAUUGCCCCCUAGUGCUUGCCCCCAAGUAUCACCGGACUUUAAGCCUGCUCAGGAUUCUACUCAGCAGAGUUCUCCAGCUGUGAUGGCAAGUGGAAAAAUGUCAACUAUUGAUGGCUUUCAGUAUGUUUCUACUGACAAACAAAAGGCCCCAGGUUUGAUUCCCUUUUCCCCUACUGGACUCCUCCAGAUAUCAGACUGCAAAUCUUCUGAGAUGGAGAAUCCAGUACAUCAUAUGGUGCAAUUCGCAACCUGCAGCCCACCUUUGGCAGCAGAAGAACUUUAUACUACUCCUGAGCUAUUGUUGCAGCAGCAACGCAAGCGCAAGCGCUUUCAGAAUACCUUUGUUGUGCUGCACAGGUCUGGAUUGCUGGAGAUCACCUUGAAAACCAAGGAGCUGAUUCAACAGAACCAGGUAACCCAGAUUGAACUGGACCGGCUGAAGCAGCAAACACAAUUGUUCAUGGAGGCAAUAAAGAGCAAUGCUCCUCUGGCCUGGGCAGAGCUAGCGGCAUCGCUAACGGGGUCAGAUAAAGCUUACAGCAGCCUUGUGGCUUCUCCUACGUAUCCCAACAUGUAGCGCAAAAGAUGUAUAGCUGUUCAAGUGAUUCCAGUGCGUCUCUUCCUCUGUCUCAAGGUUUUACAAGAGCACUUUCUAAGUUUGAGACUGCUUUAAAAACUCAUUCACUAAGCAGCAUGCCAUUAAUAAGCUGUCCCAAAUGCCAGUUGUGAGACUGGCACUAGGCUGGAAUUAGUACUGCUUCAUGUCACUGAGACUGAGCAACUGUGUUCUUCUUUAGACCAUGAGGGUGUGAAAGUGCUGUGAUGUGUUCCCUCUCUUAUGAUGGAGAACACUGCAAAUGGCUCUUUCCUAGCAAGCUCCUUUUUUCACCCCCUACCUCCAGACAGCCAGUUCACAGAAUGGGACAAAAGAUCUAGUCUAGUGUAGCCAUUUAUGAAUUGAUAUGGGAAGAGGAAACUGGAUGGGUAACAUGGUAUCUCCAGCUUUGUGUUAAUACUCCAAAGAUAUAAGGUGGUCUUGCUUUUGGAUAAUCACCACAUUGAACAAAUGGAGAUCUGCUUGCAUUAAAGCUGCACUCCAUAUGUUGUAUUGCUUGAGCAAAGUAGGGGUGGGGAGGUGAAGGGUAUAUUAGAAAUAAAUGUAAUAGUUCUAGGCAGGCCCUGUCAGCCUGCCUAUUUUAGUUUCUUUAAAAUUGAGAGCUGGGUGAAAAUUUGAAAGCACUAGACAUGCACUGGAAGUGUUUAUUCCAAAGCAGGUUUAUUUGUACUGCCCAUUAAUGGCUAACAACUGUACUAAGCAAGAUGGCUUUGGAUUUCCCAGGUAUGCAAUAAGUUAAACACUGACUGUUACUUUAAAAAAAAAAAAAGCUGUUAUGUAUUUUUUUAAAAAUGCAUUACAAUGAAGAUUCUUAGAUUCCAAGGCCAGAAGGGACCAUUGUGAUCAACUAGUAUGACUUCCAGUAUAACACAGGCUAUAGAACUUCCCCCAAAAUAUGUUCCUCGCUAGGCAGCUAGCAAGAUCAGCUAUGCAUCCUUUGGUUUUUAUCCAGUUUAGGAGAGACUCUCUUUUUUUGGCUGUGAAAUCAGCUUGCUGAGUU